GCUGACCGUCUAUACUGCCUUCUUCAGUUUUGCUCACACUCGGAUAGAGAGCACACCAACAUGGCUCAGGCUAAAAUCACUGCCAGAAUGAACAACGAGGCCGCCAAGAGCGGAAGAUUCAGCAGGUCCGUUUCGAUGGCGGAUCGAUCCCUGAGAUUGCUGGAGAGUCUGGAUCAAAUCGAAAUGAGGGUGGAGGCACUGAGGGAAGCAGCCACAGCGAUGGAGCAAGAGAGGGAGUGCUUACUAGAAAUGAUUCAGACCAUUCAGAACAGCCAGGAAAUGAGAACCAUUUGUGAUGGAGAGCGAGAAGAGCUCACUCUGUCUGCCACUAGACUCAUGAGUCGAACCCUGACGGUGAGCGUCUCUGUAGAUACAAUCAGAAACCCACAGCAGGAAGAUGCUCUGAGAAAAGCAAUGACCGUUAUUGAUGAGAUCGCUACUAAAGUGCUCGAUGACAUGGAGAGCGCCAAGAAGAAGCUGCAGGCUCUUCAUGCUGCGUGUCUCACGGAUGCCUCGCUUAUACCCAUCAACCAGAAGUUCCAGACCAUCGUGAUUAGCUGUGCACUUGAAGACCAGAAGAAAAUCAAGCGCAGACUGGAGACACUCAUACGGAACAUGGAUAAUGCUGAGAGGACCAUUAAAAUCAUGGAUAAUCAGAAGGUGGAUGAGCACAAAAGCACUAAUGGCAAAUGAUAAAUGUAGAUUUGGAGAGAACCUUUUCUAAUCUUUGGGAUCACCACAACUUUACAUUUAUUACUAUUUGACCUGCAUUUCAUUGUCAGGCUGUUUUUUCUAAUGUUUCUGAAAUGUUAACAUGCCAGAUAUACUUGACGGAUUAUCGCCAGAACAACAUAAAAUACACUAUAAUGCCAAAAGUAUAUGGUCACCUGACAUCCCGUUAAAAACAUAGGCAUAAAUAUGGCUAUAAUAUGGCUUUAAGAAGGCUUUGCGCAAGAUUUUGGUGUGUCUAUCAAGGCAAUAAAGGGUUUGUGAGGUCAUGGACUGAUGUUGGCAAGAAGGUCUGGCACACAAUUCAUGUUUCAAUGAAUCCCAAAGGUGUUCAUUGAGGAGUUCCAGACCAAACUCAUCAAACCAUGUGUUUAUAAACCUCACUUUGUACCCAGGGACAUUGUCAUGGCACCAGAAAGAGCCUUUCUCAAAGUGUUGCCACAAAAGUGGGGGCAUAAAAUGUAUUAAAUAUAUUAGAUUUUAUACUUCUGUUAGCAACGGAUGUGACUAAAACCCCUGAACUCAAUAAUCAUGAUGGGUGUGCACAUACUUUUGGCCAUAAAGUGUAGUUUCAGUACAAUGGCACAUAUUUAAUAGUCACAGCAUUUCAGCCUGUGGUAAAAUGCUAAAGAUAAUUUACCACUUCUUAUUUUACCUCACAUAUGAAGCAGUACAUUUUUAAAAGAUUAUACAUGUCCAGUCAUUCUGAUAUACUCAACAUUAUAAACACAUUUGUAAAUGUAUUUUACAUGUUUAAUAUUAAGUCUACUAAAUAUCUUACUAACGAAGCCCAACCAAUGAGUGGGGAAACAUCUUCAGUCCUGUUGGUUUGACUUGUGUCUAGGUAGCCCUGCAGAGACAAACAUGAUCAUUCAAUCAGAAUAUGCAUCUAGAAAAAGUCCUUAAAAAUAGUAGUGGAUUGUGGUGAACACAAGUGCAGGCUGCACCCUGUAGUCUGGCCAUUUUUAACAUGUGGAGGCAUAUAAUCCAUUAUGCAAGCAAAGCAAUAUUCAUUUCAUUUCAAAUUCACCAACUGCUUUAUCCUGGUUAGGGUUGCAGUAGGAAACACUGGGUGCUAGGGCUGGGCGAUAUAUCGAGAUUUUAUAAUAUAUCGAUAUAUUUUCAUAUGCGAUAUAAGAUGAGACAAUAUCGCGUAUAUCGAUAUAGAUGUUGCGUUCCAAUUAGAUCCGACAGUUCGUCUUUCUCUUCUCCCAGUUAGUCUCUGCACAUGUUCACCUGCCCCGCCCCUCUCCCUCACUGAACACAACUCGCCCCUCCCCACCGCUUCAGUAAUUCCUGCAGGCAGCGGUAGCAUAGAGACGGAUAAAGACAUGACAUAAGCUAUCGAAGAGGAGCUGGUUAGUAAAAAGAAUAAUAAUGGCUAAAUUAUUUGGAGAUGGUUCGGAUUCAAAGUGUCAGAUGAGCAGCAGAAUAAUGUAUUCUGUAGAGAAAGCCGAAAACAAGUCCAGACAAAAUCUUCCAGCUCCGUGUACCUUUCGUUUUUCACUUCAAAUCCCAAAGUUGAAAAACAAGAAAACGAGUCGUUAUUCGUUUCAAAAACCAAUAUAAACAUACAAGCGCAUGCACGGGCUGACAUGCACGUUAGUUUAUACUGGAUGAUAUCCCGACGUCCGAGACUCAUUUAUUUAUUUAUCUUCUAUUAUAGUAUUUCUUGUUCUCGGCCAAUAAACAUCCAAAAAUUUAUAAAAUUGCAUGAACUAACUCUGCAGUAAACAA